GGCGGCGGCGGCGGCGGUGGUGGUCGGUGCGGGAGGAGGGAGGGGAGCUCGCGGGCCGGAGAGGGGGCGACGGCGGCGACGGCGGCGGCUGCGGCGCGGGUGGCGGCGGCUGCCUGAGGAGGCGCGGGUGGUGGCGGCGGCGGCGGAGGCCGAGGCGGAGCCUGGAGAGGUGUGGCUGGACCAAGACCUCCCCUGAUGUAAGCAGGCUCCCUCCUCCCCCCACCACCCGUUGCCACCACGCCAGGGGACAUCCUCAAGCCCUGGCCCUUAGGGGAGAGGUAACAGGAGCCCAGAGCCGAGACCAUGUGACGGCGCUGGCCCUUGCCACCGCCGUCCCCCAACCCUGGCCCCAGGCCUGGCACCAUGAUGUUCCGAGACCAAGUAGGCAUCCUCGCUAGCUGGUUCAAGGGCUGGAAUGAAUGUGAGCAGACAGUGGCUCUGCUGUCGCUUCUGAAGCGGGUCACCCGUACCCAAGCCCGCUUUCUGCAGCUCUGCCUGGAGCACUCGCUGGCGGACUGCAAUGAUAUCCACCUGCUGGAGUCAGAGGCCAACAGUGCUGCCAUCGUCAGCCAGUGGCAACAGGAGUCCAAAGAGAAGGUGGUAUCCCUCUUGCUAUCCCACCUGCCCCUACUUCAACCAGGCAACACAGAGGCCAAGUCCGAGUACAUGAGACUGCUGCAGAAGGUGCUGGCCUACUCCAUCGAGAGCAAUGCCUUCAUUGAGGAGAGCCGCCAACUUCUCUCCUAUGCCCUCAUCCACCCAGCCACCACGCUGGAGGACCGCAAUGCUCUCGCCCUCUGGUUGAGCCAUCUGGAAGAGCGGCUGGCUAGUGGUUUUCGCACCCGACCAGAGCCCUCCUACCAUUCACGCCAGGGCUCAGAUGAGUGGGGGGGACCCGCAGAGCUGACCCCUGGAGAGGCAGGACCAGGCUGGCAGGACAAGCCACCCCGAGAAAAUGGACAUGUACCCUUCCACCCAUCCAGCUCAGUGCCGCCGGCCAUCAACAGUAUUGGGAGCAAUGCAAACACAGGUCUCCCCUGCCAAAUCCACCCUAGCCCGCUGAAGCGCUCCAUGUCACUCAUCCCUACAAGCCCCCAGGCCCCUGGUGAGUGGCCGAGUCCAGAGGAGCUUGGGGCCCGGGCUGCUUUCACCACGCCCGACCACGCACCCCUCUCGCCACAGAGCAGUGUGGCCUCCUCUGGCAGUGAGCAGACGGAGGAGCAGGGCUCCAGCCGGAACACUUUCCAGGAGGAUGGCAGCGGGAUGAAAGAUGUGCCCUCAUGGCUCAAGAGCCUCCGCUUGCACAAGUAUGCUGCUUUGUUCUCACAGAUGAGCUAUGAAGAGAUGAUGACCCUAACAGAGCAGCAUCUAGAGUCGCAGAAUGUCACCAAAGGUGCCCGGCACAAGAUAGCCCUGAGCAUCCAGAAGCUUCGUGAAAGACAGAGCGUCCUCAAGUCCCUAGAGAAGGAUGUGCUGGAAGGUGGCAAUCUGCGGAACGCUCUGCAGGAGCUGCAGCAGAUCAUCAUCACCCCUAUCAAGGCCUACAGUGUCCUUCAGGCCACCCCUACUGCCAAGGAUGGGGGUCGGGGGGAGCCGCUACUGCCAGGUGCUGAGCCUCCCCUCACCCAUCUUGGAACAGACAAGGGCACUGAGGCCAAGGACCCUCCAGCUGCAGAGAACUAUCCUUCUCCACCAGCUCCAGCUCCCACUGAUAGCAGUGAGCCAGCCCCAGCUCCGGUCGCUGACGGAGACAUCCCCAGCCAGUUUACACGGGUGAUGGGCAAAGUAUGCACCCAGCUGCUGGUGUCCCGACCAGAUGAGGAGAACAUCACCAGUUACCUCCAGCUCAUUGAAAAGUGCCUGACUCAUGAGGCUUUCACAGAGACACAGAAGAAGCGGCUACUGUCCUGGAAGCAGCAAGUGCUGAAACUUCUCCGGACAUUUCCGCGAAAAGCUGCAUUGGACAUGCAGAACUACCGGCAGCAGAAGGGCUGGGCAUUUGGCUCCAACUCACUCCCCAUAGCUGGCUCUGUGGGGAUAGGUGUGGCCCGGCGGACCCAGCGGCAGUUCCCAAUGCCUCCUCGGGCCCUCCCACCUGGCAGGAUGGGCCUCCUGAGCCCUUCAGGCAUUGGGGGUGUCUCUCCUCGACAUGCCCUUACCAGCCCCAGUCUUGGGGGUCAGGGCCGACAGAACCUGUGGUUUGCCAACCCUGGAGGCAGUAACAGCAUGCCCAGCCAGAGCCGCAGCUCUGUGCAGCGUACUCACUCGCUCCCAGUCCACUCGUCACCCCAGGCUAUUCUCAUGUUCCCUCCAGACUGCCCGGUACCUGGGCCUGACCUGGAGAUCAAUCCCACCCUGGAGUCUCUGUGUCUGAGCAUGACAGAACACGCCUUGGGUGAUGGGACAGACAAAACCUCCACCAUCUGACGGGACCCACAGUCCAGCGCACUCAUAGGCUCCCUGGGCGGCGGGCGGGGGCCAUCCCCCAACAGGCUUCUUCUCGGCAGCGAGAGGGUGGGCUGGCGCAGCUAUACAUUCUGAUAUUUUUCUACUCAUCCUCUUAACUUUUGUUUAACAUUGGCACAUGCCUUGCUCACUCCCAGGCUCAUUGAGGGAUCUCGACUGAGGCCAGGGAUCAGAGAGGGCAGCCAGGGCAAGGAGCAAGGACUGGCCAGACUGCCUACCCCUUCCCUCCCCAAUCUCCCACCAGCCCUAUCCCACCCCUGCCUCCUCCUAGACUGCUGACACCUGUCCUUCCCCAAGAGAGCAGACUUCUUAGAGAUAUUGACCACCACCUUGUGCAGCCUGCCCUUCAGAAACAUGACAGUGGGGGAUGCAGUGUGGACAGCCUGCUCACCAGUAUGUCACUGGAGAAGAGCCCCUCUCCCCUGGUUUCUACCCUUCAUCAUUCCUAUCCCAGACAGUCACCAUCUUCCUCCCCCUCUUCUUUGCCAUGUUUAUCAGAGGUUCUCUACAAUUAAUUUCUUAGGCCUAUUUAAGAUACAUAUUUAUAUAGUUCUUAACGGUUUUUCUCUGAUCAUUCCCUGUCAUUUUUAGAAUCCCCAGGCCUCUCUCUGAGCCAGGACAGUGGCAGGGGGAACCUGAACUUUAUGAGAGGAGAGGGCAGAGCCCCCUCCUCCAGACCCCCUCGCCCUUCCCCAUCCCAGCCCUGGCUCCUAGAUGCAGAGGUUGAAGGUGGGCAGCCCUGGGCCCGCAGUGAGGUCAGGAAGUCUGUUGCCUUAAUGUCCCUUUCCCCCACCAACAUAACCCUUCUCUGCUCCCCAGGUCUGUUAGCAAAAGAUUUGUGGGUUGGAACCAGGGAAAGGGGAUUGUUGGGUUUUUGUUUUCUUGCCUAUCCCCUUUCUGUCAACCUUCCCCUACCCCCAUUAUGUCAUGACCUCAUGUAAGUGGAACACUAUAUCAUAACCCAGAGGUGCAGCCCAGCCUGAGUCACACAAACCCUCUGCCCCCCAUUACUGAUGAGGGCUGGUGCUGGGGCCCAGGAGGGAGGGAAUUUGGGGGUUCAGGCUGUGGGGAAGCCAGGGUCCCCUAUUCCAAACUCCUUUUCCCCCCCUCAACCUAUACCCUCAUUGGGACAUUCUCAAGCUUUUCACAUGAAAAGGAAAAAAAUGUUAUUUUUAGAUACAUUUUAUGAAUAACUUUUGUUAUGAAUAUGGCUGGUAACCAUUGUGUAUGUUAUUAAAGAUACAAAAUGUUGGGAAAAAAAAAAAAAACAAAAAACCAAAAAAAAAAAAAUUGAAAA